AUGUUACUGGCAGGGUUCCAGCGAUCCCGUGACCUGGAAGGGCGGCGAGAAGAGUACCACUCCCUGGUGGUCUGCCCUCGAAACAGCAAGAACAAGUGGAAGAAGAAGAAGGCAGAGACGAGCAGGAAACCCACAACGCAGGUGUCGGCGAUGAAGGCAAAGCCCUGGCCCAGUCCAUCUCCCCCCAGAAACACCCCCUUGAUGCUGGGGCUGACUUUCAAGAAGAGAAAAGCGUUCCAGCAGAUGUUUCCCAGCAUGAAGUACUGGCCCAGCAGGUGCAGCGCCUUCCACCAGGUGGACCACGCCGCCUUCUGCUGCUCCGCGUCCAGCGGAGCCUCCACCAGCACCAGCAGAGAGAUGCAACUUCAGCAGCAUCUGCAGGAGCUGAAGGAGAGAGAGCGCAGAGCACAGGAGCACAACAUGCAGCUUCUCCUGCAGUUUGAGAGAGCCCAGGAGACACUGAAGGAGAUGCUGUCCUGCAAUGCUGCCAUGAAAACUAUACGGAUGGAGUACGAGCGGUACCUGGAGGAAAACCUCCACCGCUGGCAGCAGCAGCUUCAGGAGAAAAUUGAGGCCUCUCACAAAAAGAGAAUGGAAGAUAGUUUGAAGUUUUAUCUACAGCACAGUAAAAAUCAAGUCUCAACAGCAACAGUUGAUGAGGCUCUGAUUUCACAAGAUCCUUCCAGAAAGGCUCCAAAAGUUGAUGCUUCUCAAACGUUUCCCACCAAAGGAAGUGCUGCUUAUAGCCGAGAUCGCUCCUCUUGUUAUCCCCAUCAGGAGUCUUCCUGGUUAACCCGAGCAGGCAUGCCUCCAGGGCUCCUCCAAACACCUUUUCAAUCCCAGAGUCCCUCACCUUUCCCUCCACCCAACUUCCCAUAUCCUCACCCACAUCUGCUGCAACACCUCACCUCCCCAUUCGAUCACCAUCAGCUGUGGGUGAGGUCUGAAGCUGCAGGCUGCCCUCCUGGCGGUCACCCCUGCUCUGAUGGGAUCGCUGUGGGAUCUGCAGGCCAGCUCCACACUGAGGAACCGCCAGCGUCGAGUGCUUCUCAAAUUAAAGAGCGAGAAAACGAGACGAGCGCAGUAAAUUCAAAGAGAGUGAGAGGAGGUGGAGGCGGAAGGUGUUUGUCCUCCGAGCUCGACAUUAAACCAGUCCGUCUCUCUAGCGGACAUGUGGAAAGCAGUGAGAGUGGCAGAGAUUCCAGUUUGACCAGCAGAGAAAAGAAGAAAAGAGAGAAGAAAGGAAGAACAGAGGCUUCGUCCUCGGAGUCAGAAAGAUCUGGUUCUCAGAGGUCAUCCAGGACUUCCAGUGAGGUCGUCGCUGCCUCCUGCGCCGUCGCCCUGGACUCAGAAACAAACUGCUCCUCUGAGGAAGGAGGCACUGCCAGGAGGAGGAGGUCAGAGCGAGGCGUGGGGGUCAACACUGGGUCACCGCCGUCCGGGAAGGAGGCAGAGGAGCUUAGCAGGAGUGAGGAAGAGGAGCAGACUGAUAGCUUGAGUGAAAAAACGAGAAGUCCAGCUCAAGAUGAUAAAUCAGGGAGCUGGAGAGGAGAUGAUGAUCUAGCAAGAAGUGAAAAUAGAGGUGAUGAGGAAGUUUACAGCUCUGAGCAAAGCAUUGCAAAAGAAAAGGAUGAAGAAGAAGGAAAGAAAAUCCAAGGAUGUAGAGAUGAAGACGAGAAGGAGGUGAAAAGUGAAGAGAGUGGUGAAGUUGAGGAAGACGAUGAGGAGAGCAACGAUGAGGUUCCUCCAAAUAGGAAUCAAAAGGAGGAUAAGGACGUGGAAGAAGACGAAGACGAGUCAGAAAAACUGGAGAAUGAAGACAGAGACGACGGGGAGAAGGAGUCUGACUCCUCACAGGGUGACGAUGAGGAGGAGAGAGAAGGUAGUGAGAGGAUAGAAGAGGAAGAGGAGUCCAACGAGGAGGAAGGCCCUCUCAGGAGCGAAGAAGCAGGAGACUCUGAGGACAGCAUCAUCUGUCUGCAGGAAAACAGGUCCAAACAGAUGAAGAACAUUCCUGAGGAAGCAGCUGAAGAUGAGGAAGAGGAGAGCGACACUCAGUCCUCAAACAAUAAGUCAAAAGAACCAAGUGAUGGAGAAGAUAUUGAGGAUCUUCUGGCACCUCAAGAGCCAAUAAACAAAAAACAAAAUGCUGUAGAAACUGAGGAGAAGCCCAAAGCCACAUGUCUCAACUUGGGCAUCUUUCAAGUGACGGAGGACGGAGCGAAGACGGGCCGUAAAAGUGACUCGGAUGAGUCUGAUCACUUUUAUGACUAAAUGCGACAUGGAGAAAGAGAAGAAAGCAGCAGAUCUCAGACUCCCAGCAGGUCAGACAACACCGAAGGGGUCACUGCAUCACCACGGCGCUGCAUGCAGGUGUUCAGGAAGCCCAGGUUGAUUUAUCAGCAGCUUUCACUGUUUAGGUCAUGAAGUCUCUGCCUCUCCUUGUUUUCCAAAUGUAACGGCAGUCUGGUCCGUUUGGUGGCUUUUUAAGCUUUGCAUUCAGCCACAGUCCAGUUUGUGAAUCUCUGGUGAUUCCUUUUGCAUGUCCACCUUUUUCCUUCCACCUGACUUUCCAUGGUUUUUUUCCUUCUUGAGCUGAAAAAAUACUUUCUAACCACCAAACGAAAACAAUAAAAAACAAACUCAUAAAUGA